AGCUUUCAAGACCCUGAGCAACAUCAAAUCUUCCAAAAAGUGUCCAGAAAGAAGGAAGAUCUUCACAACCCAGCAGAAGAAAAGACAAAUCAGUAAAAAUCUCAAAUAAAAUCAGAUGAAAAGAUCGGGUGAAUGAUCUUUGGGAUCCUAGUCAACACAGCAGAGGCUGCAAGAAGCGACAUCCUCCAGAUAUGAUCAAAUCUCAGGCAUUUGAAGCCCCUAAGAUCCAAGAGAUCCUUAAGAUCGAAGAAGCACCUAAAAGUCUUGAGAAAAGUGCUGAAAUUAUACCCAAAAUUAUGACUCCCAUCAGUAAAAAGUCCUCAGAAGUGUCUGACUUGGAGAGAGAUGAUGAAAGUUCCCCCAGUGAGGAGUCCCUUGGCAGUAUCCAUGAUUUGAAAAGUGGUAUACCUCGGAUAAAUCUCAAUUCGAAAGAAAGUCUUUGGACUAAAUCUCAACGGGACACUGAAGGUUCAAGGCCACGAACAAUGGGCACCGGAGGGAUCAGCAUAACUGAGAAAAUGAAGACCUUGCCCAAAAAUAGUGCUCUAUUUAGAAUCUUUGAACGCAAUUACGCUGAUGAUAAGGAACAAAGUCUCACAUGGAAAAAUUUAGAACUAAAAUCCCAGAACAAAGAAACCUUUAAUGCUUAUUAUAAAAAACUCCAGAAGGAACAAGAGAAGCAUAAGGAGUGGGAAAGGACUUUGCCAGUACAAGAGAGACUAAAGAGAAGAAAUAACAAAAAGCUUGAACUAUUGAAAGUUCAUAGCCACAAGAACAGUGUUGCCGAUCAGAUGUCAUGGCAGAAGAAGAGAGAUGGCUUGCAUACUACCAAGAAUUGCUCGUUUGUAAAUCUCAGAAUUCCAAAAUUUAAGAAAGGAUAAUUCAAUUGGUC